GGGGGUCACCAUCUCUGUCUUUGUCUGUGACCUGCCGGUGCACUGGGCCUUGGUGACACGGAGCCUCCAUCACAGCUUCAAGGCUUGUGUGUGACGGAAGGUGACUCUCCCUCGCUGGCCCAUGUUUGUGCGUUUGUUCCCACGUGCCUUCGCCAACGCUGCCUCUCUCCGGCGGCAGCGGCGGAAUGAAUCUGAGGGCUUUCGCCGGCAGCAGCAGGGGGCAGAGUGUUUAUUUGAACACAUGCUAGACGGCGUGCUGAGGCUGUAAUCCCCCCGAGCUUUUACAGAGUCCCUGUGGGACAGCGCACUUAGUGGCUCCCUCUUCCGCUGCGCUUCCUGUUAGUGAGUUGAGUCUCGAUGUGUUGAAUCAGAUAAUUAAUUUAAACCCAAACCAAGAAAGCCAGCAGCGAUGGAUCCAGUUGCAGGGACACUGUGUCUUAUUGUAGCAGCAUAAUAAGCCUUGGAGCUGAGUUGAUGGAGCUGCUGUAAUAUAGUGGAGCUCUAAACAUGCUGCUCACUGAUUGGGCACAUUCCAUCCAUUGCCAUCGUUUCGGAUUGGGAUUGAGGAUUUUCACACUUCACCGUGUUGUUUUAUUCUGCCUUAAUCCGUCCAUCAGCAUGAACAGGGCGGCGGCACAGCAGUGGGUGGACGCACGGGAAGGAGAGGUUGCAUGUUUCACACUCGGUGCUGAACGUACGCCAUGAUCACACUAUACAAGUGCCACGUUAUCAUCACCUCACCUCCACUAUUAAAGAAUAGAACGAAGAAGACAGCACUUAACAUUGAAGGGAGUUAGUGUCACAUAGAGCUGUGAGGGAAUGAGGCUCUAAUCAUUCUCUCAGCCGCUGGUCACGGCCUGCUGUGAACCGCGGGGCAGGAAUCCUGCUCUAUUCUGGGUCUCAUCUGGUGUGGACUUUCUUUUUUUAACCCUUUAAUGGUCACCGUUGCUAAAAGCAUUCAGACUGCAGCCAUGUGACACUUGUUGGUCACAAUUAGAUUGUUCCCCCGCUGUUUAUCGAGCCUUUGUCUGUGCAAGUGCACUGUGAGAGGGAGGAUGUGAAAUAGUACUUAGUUUCUGUCACCAACACGCGUAUCGAGCCCCAUCAUCUGUGUUUACGUGCACAUUUGCAUGCACCCGCCGAAGACGUCUUCGCGCCGGCCCACGUUGCCUGGUUACAGGCCAGUUGGCAAGGAAACGGUCCGCGCCGGCCUCGGGCGGCCGCACGCGUGCUUGUGCGUGAGCCGGAGCAGCUCAGGUGACCCGACGAUCAGCUGAUUGGCCCCGGCCGACGCGCCGGGCGCUCCGCGGGGGCCCUGGGGUCCGGACGCGCUGAAAUCCACGGUUGGAGAGAGGAGAGAAUGAAGAUGAGGAUGAGGCCACAGCUCGGCCUGUGUCUGCUGAUAACGCUGGUCUGACUGGCGCGCUUGAAAUCUCCAUCUCCUCUGAACCGAUGGUGUGACGGUGACUCUGUGCCGCUUGCAGCCGCCGCAGGAAGGGUGAGGGUUCGCUCUCAUUUUAACGAUCAUGGUUUUCCCCUUCCUCCAUUGAAAACAUUAAAAGUUGGGUGUUGCUGAGGCGUCGCCGGGCCGGACGCUAAAACACAGAGACACCUGUUGGGACAAUAGGCUGCGCGUCUGAAAACCCAGUCUACCCGGUGUUUUGCCACUCGUUUCCCUCCCGACCGUCUCAUUCCAGACCACAAACGGCCCUCACCUGGAGCCGCUCGCUUCCUCUUCCUGUGCCUCUUCUACUUCAAAGAGUCACAACGCGCUGCUCUGAACCCUACAACCAUUAUUUUCUUGCGUAUAAGCCGGGGAAAUAACAAGUUCAACUGAGCAAAACCCAGUUCUCACGCGAGUAACGAGGACCAGGAAGAACCACCUGUUAGCAUCAGGUUUUUAGGUCCCUCUGUGUUUUAUCCAUAAUAAGAAAAGUCAUACUUUUCUUUUAUACUUCUUGUUUUCUGCCUCCCCUCCAGUCAUUCCUUCCCUCAUUCCUCUCUGUGUUGUUUAUGGCCUGUUUCCUGUUGGGGCCUAUUGGACGCCCGGCUGAGUGCACCGAGCGCUGACUGGGGACCAGCAGCGACGCCUGGUUAGCAUGCGGCUACGUGGGUGGGUGCGUUCUGUAGCGUUCUGUGCGUUGAAGUGGACGUGCCGCCCCUGGUCGCGCCUGUGUUCCCGGGUACUUGAGUGUAAUUGUAGAGAGAGCAGCGAGGCCGGCUUUUGAUUAGCGCACCUAAAAGGACGACGCGCCAGACGAUUAGUGGUAACAGCUGGUUCCAUAAGGAGCCGUGGACUGUGCACGGAGCGUGAACACGUUGGGGACUGCUCACUUCCUCCAGCCACAUCUGUCUGGACCCCACACCUGUAAUCACACACUCACUGUUUAGCCAGCAUCAGCCUAAUGGCCACCAUUGUUUGUCCUCUCUGCCCAGGUUCCACUUCAUUGCCCGCUAAUCAGUGAUUAUGACCCAGUAACAGGAAACAAGGCUUGUUUAAAUCACGUACGACCCGGAGAACUCGGGCUUCAUCAGCACGGAGCGGUUCAGGGAGCUGCUGGAGGCCCACGGCUCGGAGCUCGACCCCCACAAGCUGGAAGUGCUUCUGGCCCUGGCCGACGGCAACGCGGACGGGAAGAUCUGCUACCAGGACUUUGUCAACCUGAUGAGUAACAAGCGCUCCAACAGCUUCCGGAGGGCCAUCCUGCAGGGGAGCAGGCAAAUCAAAGGCUGCAGCCUCAGGGAUGAGGUGGGCCUGGGGCUGUCCCAGCAGCUGGUCCGCCACGUCGCCUACGAGACUCUGCCCCGCGAGGUCGACCGCAAGUGGUACUUCGACAGCUACACCUACUGCCCCCCGCCCUGGCUCAUCUUGGCUGUCACCAUAGCAGAGGUAGCAGUGUUCAUGUACUACGGGUUCCAGCUGGACCGCUUGGUCCUGCAGGUGUCCAGCCCGUCCUUUCUAAAGAGCCCCCUUCCCUACCACCCCCAGCUCCGAGCACAGGCCUGGAGGUACCUCAGCUACAUCUUCAUGCACACUGGGAUCGAACACCUGAGUCUGAACAUGGCCAUGCAGCUGCUGGUGGGAGUCCCUCUAGAAAUGGUCCACGGAGCGCUGAGGAUCGGACUGGUCUACGCGUGUGGUGUGCUGGCAGGGUCUCUGGCAGUGUCCGUCACCGACAUGAGCGCCCCGGUGGUCGGAUCCUCCGGCGGAGUGUACGCCCUGGUCUCAGCACACUUGGCUAAUGUGGUGAUGAACUGGUCGGGAAUGAAGUGUCAGUUCAAGCUGUUCCGCAUGGCCAUGGCGCUCGUGUGCAUGAGCGUGGAGUUCGGCCGGGCCGUGUGGCUGCGCUUCUAUCCGCCGGCCUUCCCGCCCUGCCCCAACCCCAGCUUCGUGGCCCACCUGGGUGGGGUGGCGGUGGGCCUGACGCUGGGCGUGGUGGUGCUGCAGAACUACGAGCAGAAGCUCCAGGAGCAGUCCCUGUUCUGGAUCUUCUUCUGCGUCUACGCCGUGUUCGUGCUUUGUGCCGUGUUCUGGAACGUUUUCGCCUACAACCUGCUGGACGUGCGGCUGCCCCCCCCACCGUGACCCUGGACCCGGCCUCCUGGGGGCCGGCGGCUCGCCUCCUCCGCUGACGUUACGGGGCGUUGGCAGCAGCCGCAGCCGCAGCCGCCUCUGUGGACGUGGAUCUGAAAAAGCAUCGAUCACGCUGGACUCUUGUUGAUGAGCAGCGCGGGCGAAGCAGGAACGGCCCCGUUUCCGCGGCUCAACCUCCUCCGCCUCGUCCGUCUCUGUCCACCCGUGCCUACUCACGCAGACGAAAGUGUUGCUGCGCAGCUGCUUGUCGUGUUGACGGUUGAACUCGGGCUCAGCUUGCGCUUUGCCUCCAUUACAACUGGCUCAAACAGCGAAGCAGCUCCUCCUCGGCACAGAGAACGUGGAUUUGACCUUUGACCUAAUACGUGUGUCAUUAGUCAGAUUCGUCUUCAGUGUUUGCCACAGACAGAGGAAGUUCAGUUCAGCGCUGUUAUUUGACUGUUUCUAUCUGGAUACUGCAGAUACUCGCAGAAGUGCCAUUCAGACUUUUAGCUUUCAGACAUGAUGCCAAACUAUUGUGCAAGCACCAGGGAAAGAACCCAACGCCUGAUAAGUAUUAUUAUUACCGCGUGUUAGACAAAAGAAUCUCAAUUUGUCCACAAAGACCUGCUCGAAUGUAAAAAAAACCUGAAGUGGGCUAAAAAGCUACAUGCCUCCACCUGUAUCGUACUGUAACCUCAUGUUACACUGGCAACUGCUUCGCACAAGAACUGUUAUAAUGUCAUUAAAUACAAAUUAAUAUUUUAACAUGCAUUUACUGUUGAUAUUUUUUUACUUGGUGACGUUGGUACGUUGUGCUCCGUCUGCAUUGUGAUAUCUUACCUAUAUCUUGUGCGUGUGCUAUUUUACAUUGGUUCAAACCGGGUCUAGGAUUGUGUAUGUUAAGGGCUAUGUGGGGCAAAUCUAUGAUAACAGUUUUAACACAUUUUGCAGAUUUGAUAUGUACAUGGUGGAGUUCAUUCAACGGUUUUAUAUUAAACUUAAUGUGUUCUUCC